AUGGCUGGUCCGGUUGUCCAAUCCAUAAGGUCGUUAACUUUUGAUACUCGCGGGAAAUCAACAUCAGUUUCCAACAUUUUUCUCCUAACAAAAGCUGCUUUCGCUCCCUUUUCUUCUAUUUCUCCUCUUCCCGACAUAAAACAUUUGAAGCAAACCCACGCCAAGCUGAUCAGGAACUCUGGCAUGCAAGACGUCUUAACCGUCGGCAAGCUCAUCGCUGACAUUGCAGUUUCAGAUCCUUCCAACCUUGACUACGCUCGAUCCGUUUUCACUACACUCGAAUACCCACCAAACAUUUUCAUGUGGAAUUCCAUGAUAAGGGGCUAUUCACAUAGCUCCAAACCUGAUGAGGCAGUACUCUUAUAUCGAGAGAUGCUUGAGAAAGGGUUUUCUCCUAAUAAUUAUACUUACCCUUUUGUUUUCAAGGUGUGUACCCAACUGAAGGACCUCAAUCUUGGGUUGGGUAUUCAUGGGUCCGUUGUUAGACGUGGGUUUGAAGAUUGUGAUGCAUUUAUCCAAACCUCGCUUCUAAAUUUCUAUGCCUCGUGUGGGUCUAUAAAUGUUGCACGCCUCUUGUUUGAUCGGUGUCCUGAAAGAGAUGUUACUUCUUGGAAUGCUCUUAUAAAGGGGUAUGUUAGGUGUAACCAAUAUAUGGGUGCAGUUAAUGUGUUUCGGAUGAUGCAAGAUACGGCGGAUUGUCGGGCUGAUGAGAUUACUCUGCUUGGUGUAGUUUUGGCUUGUACACAGUUGGGAGCAUUGGCUAUGGGUGGAUGGGUUCAUGCCUACAUUGACAAGCAUCUAAUGAAAAUGAGUACAAACUUGGGUACAGCUCUUGUUGAUAUGUAUGCAAGGUGUGGAAGUAUUGACGCGGCGAUGAAUUUGUUCAAGGGAAUGACGGAGAGGGACGUGAGGACAUGGAGUGUGAUGAUUGGUGGGCUUGCUAUUCAUGGUCUUGCAAAUGAAGCCCUUGAUCUCUUCAGGGAAAUGCAAAGGGAUGGGAUUCCUCCAGAUUCUAUUACUUUCACGAGUGCCCUCUGUGCCUGUAGUCAUGCAGGCAUGGUAGCAGAGGGGUUGUUAAUUCUAGAUAAAAUGAGUAAGGUGUAUAAUAUGGAGCCUACAAUCGAGCAUUACGGCUGUAUUGUGGAUCUUUUAGGUCGUGCUGGACUUCUAGAGGAUGCUUUGGCCUUCAUUAAGAGAAUUCCAUUGAAGCCCGAUGUUGUUCUGUGGGGUUCUCUCCUUGUUGCUUGUAGGGCUCAUAAGAAUGUGGAGAUGGGAGAAAUGGUGGCUAAGGAAAUGCUCAAGUUGGAUGCUCACCAUUGUGGAGCCCAUGUUUUCUUGUCCAAUGUAUAUGCCUCGACUGGAAGGUGGGCCCAAGUUGAAGAGGUGAGGAGCUUCAUGAAAGAGCAGAGAAUUAGGAAACAACCGGGGUCUAGUUUGAUGGAGUUCAAUGGUGAUGUUCAUGAAUUUAUAGCAGGAGAUCGAUCUCACCCACAGAUAAGUCAAAUACAUAUGAUGUUGAAUGAGAUUGCCAGGCUUCUCAGUCUUGAAGGAUAUUUACCAGCUACCAGGGGAAUUGCCUUGGAUAUAGAUGAGGAGGAGAAAGAGCAGGCCUUGUCUCUACACAGUGAGAAGUUGGCUGUUGCUUUUGGAUUGAUUAACACUAAGCAAGGGGCUGUUCUUCGUAUUGUAAAGAACCUAAGGGUUUGUGAAGAUUGCCAUUCUGCCAUGAAAUUGAUAUCAAAAGUUUUCAAUAGGCUUAUAAUCAUCAGGGAUCGUAGCCGUUUUCACCACUUUGAGGAUGGUUCUUGUUCUUGUAGAGAUUACUGGUGAUUGGUAUCUUGAAACUGGGUUACGGUUGAAGACUUUGAAACUGCGCGCUUAGACAUGAAUUUUCUAUAUUGGGCAUUAGAUAGUCCUUAUGAGUGGGAAUUCGGACACCAGGGUUUGCUCCAUAAUAUGGGACAGUGUCUCUCUAUUUUGUGGUUUCUGACAUCUCAAUCUGAAGUUGAUGAGAACCAGAAGAUGCAGCAAAGUCCUUUUGGCCUUUUGAUUAAUUAAUGGCUACAUUUAAGUCAAUGUGCAUGGAUUCUGUGAUGAUGAGGUUGACACUUACAGUGAAGGUGAGGACAAUGGUAUGAUUUUAAAAUUGUGACAUGUGGAAAUUAAUUUGGUUGUUCUUUAAUCUUUGUAGUUGAUCUUAUUUUCUUCAAUUUACAUCCUGGCUACCCUCUUAAAGUUGUGAAAGAAUACAUGGGAUGGAGGUGGUUCUGCAGAACAUUCACUUACCGGAGUUUAUUUACCAAAAGUAAAUAUUGAUCUUCAUAUUUUAAUGAAAGGAGCCAAUUCUGUUUCUCUCGAUCAUAUUUGGUUGUAUAAGCCACCUCCCAGAAUCCAUCACCUCUUCUCUCAACUUUGUAAUCAAGUAAGUGUACUUAAUCUUGAUUCUUAAUAAAAUUCCG